GGUCUCGCUGCCCGGCCUGCACCCGCAGCUGACCCGGAAGUCCACGCCAGACCUUGAGGCCGCAGAAGGCGAGUUUUCCCGCCACCUUGACGGACCUGGGCGUUUUCGGGAGGCGGAGCGGUGCUCUGGCUGGGAGGACCGCUGCCGUUAGGUGCACUCGGAUGGACACAUUCCCAGCGACCACAGACCCAGGGCUCACUUAGCCACUCACCUCCACGUUGGGGAGAGGCGGGAUGGAUAGGUUCUUGGUGAAGCGGAAGCUGGGGGACCUUAUGGGAAAGGGAGAGGAGCCAGCCAACCUUGGGGGAGUCACGGGAAACGCUAGGAAGAAGCCCAGGAGAGAGAUCUCGAGGAGUGCGGGCCACCUGGCCGGCCUGAGCUGGCGGCACAUUCGCUCCAAAGGUCUGAGCUGUGAUUACACAGUACUGUUUGGCAAAGCAGAGGCAGAUGAGAUUUUCCGAGAGUUGGAGGAAGAAGUGGAGUAUUUUACAGGUGCACUGGCCAGGGUGCAAGUAUUUGGGAAGUGGCACAGCGUGCCCAGGAAGCAGGCAACCUAUGGAGACACUGGGCUAACCUACACAUUUUCUGGCCUUACAUUGACUCCAAAACCUUGGAUCCCAGUUCUAGAGCGAGUUCGGGAUUGCAUCUCUGGGGUGACAGGACAGACCUUCAACUUUGUGCUCAUUAACAGGUAUAAAGAUGGACGUGACCACAUCGGGGAGCAUCGAGAUGACGAAAGGGAACUUGCCCCCGGGAGCCCCAUUGCCUCUGUCUCCUUUGGUGCCUGCAGGGACUUCCUCUUCCGGCACAAGAGCUCUCGAGGGAAGAGCCACCAGCAGACAGUGGAGGUGGUCAGGCUACAGCUGGCCCACGGAAGCCUACUGAUGAUGAACCACCCCACCAACACCCACUGGUACCACAGUCUUCCCAUCCGCAAGAAGAUUCUGGCUCCUCGAGUCAACUUGACAUUCCGGAAAAUUUUGCCUACUAAGAAAUAAAACAUUUUUUAACAGUCA